AUGUCGUGUUCGCAGAGGCAGAUGGCGAUCGAACGAUGCGUCGCUGAGGGCGCGCGACCCCCCGCCACCGCCGCCGCCCCCGCUACACUCCCAGAACCAGAACCGCAAACGAGCGUCAUCACACUCGAGCACACCGAGCACCAUGACUCCACGCUCUACCGGCUAGAAAAAGGCUGCUAUUUACAAUUCAGUCCGGGCCCUAGUCUACUGGGGCGAAAGGUGUUUCUGUAUACAAAUUACGUAGUGACCGACGGCGAUGAGAGUAAAAAUGGAGAGGCAGAAUUCGUCCGCAACCAAUACUACGGGCUGGAGUGGCGGCGCGGCUCGGGCGGCUCGGGCGACUGGGGCGGCGCGGGCGAGGGGGCGGCGGGGGCGGCGGGGGACGAGGCGCUCGGCUGCGGCGUGCUCGUCACCGACACCGACCUCUACUGCGAGCUGCGGCUGCAGCGCGCCGGCUCCUUCCACUACUACUUCGUCUACGACAGCGCGCAAAGCUGCGGUCGUGUGUCCCGCAGGGAGUCGAGCGUGGGGCCGCAGGGGUCGGGCUGGUUCCAGGUGAGCCCGACGCUGCGGGUGGGUGGGGGGGAGGUGGUGCCGCUGGACGGCGUGAUGUGCCAGACGGUGCUGGCCAAGUGCCUGGGCCCGCUGUCUCGCUGGGAGGCUACGCUGCAAGUGGCGCACGACGCCGGGUACAACAUGAUACACUUCACGCCCGUGCAGGAGUUAGGCGCGUCGAACUCGAGCUACAGCAUCGCCAACCAGCUGCGGCUGAACCCCGCGUUCGGCGCGGACGCCUCCUUCGCCGACGUCGAGAACCUCGUCACCAAGAUGCGCACCGACUGGAAGUGUCUGUUGCAACUCAAUCUAGUACGGUUCGCACCUCGUUGA